CGAUAAACAUGUGCUUCUUGCAAUGUACGGAUGAUAUUGAUAUCGUGAACGAGGCCAAAGCCUACAAGUCUACCUUAGACCGAAUCUGCCCUACACCGAGUAUUACGAACCAACCCACCACCACCACCUCAUCAAAAUUUUUGCCUUUCAGUUCCACUUUCCGGUUAGAUACUAUUCUUCCAACCCGAUCCACCUCACCUCAAACCAUCAUUAAAUCCGUCGUGACGCCUUCGGCUGGCGUGACGAGCGAUGGCAACCUGGGAGUUGCCUCCACUAGAAAAUUUUGGUUAGCUUCUGUUCUGGUGGUUUCGAUUUUCAUGUUUUAG